AUGGCCGUGGUGCGUAUGCAAUGUCGAGUAGCUGAACCCGAAACUAAAGCCGUUCAUUUUUCUCGCUCUAGCUUCCUAAAGCUAUGUAAAGUCAAGUACUAUAAUUUCUCGCCCGUUCACAGCGUGCAAAAAGGCUUUACAUUUCAGACCGGCGACCCCAUUGGCCCCGACUCCUCCGAAAGCGACGGCGGCUCGUCGAUUUGGGGUCUUCUAGACGGCCCGUCGAAGAGAACCUUUCCCCUCGAGAUCCCCCCGAAGUUGAAACAUGACGAGCGCGGAACCGUCAGUAUGGCUACGGUCCCGUCGCCUCACGACGACGAUCUACGCCUCGCUGCGAGUCAGUUCAUUGUGACGCUAGGAGACAACCUGGACUACCUGGACGGCAAAGCGGCAGUGUUUGGAAAGGUGGUGGAAGGGUUCGAUGUCCUCGAAAAGGUCAACGAUUCCUUCAUCGACGAUCGCGGACGACCGCUGAAGGACAUCCGAAUUCGCCAUACAGUCGUCCUGGACGAUCCUUUCGACGACCCCCCGGGCCUGACGGAGCCGCCAGAAAGCCCUGUACCGUCGAAGGCGCAGCUCGCGACUGUGCGGAUUGCCGAUGAUGAGGAUCUGGAUGACAACAUGGAUGAAGAAUCUAUGGAGACACUUCGCCGAGAGCGGGAGGCAAGAGCUCAGGCGCUGACUCUGGAGAUGGUUGGGGAUCUUCCAUUUGCCGAGGUCAAGCCGCCAGAGAACGUCUUGUUUGUCUGCAAGUUGAACCCCGUCACGCAAGAUGAGGAUCUUAACUUGAUCUUUAGUCGCUUUGGUCGCAUCCUAUCAUGCGAGGUUAUCCGGGAUAAACGGACCGGAGACAGUCUACAAUAUGCCUUUAUUGAGUUUGAAAACCAGAAGGAUUGUGAACAAGCCUACUUCAAGAUGCAAGGCGUGCUGAUCGAUGACCAUCGCAUCCACGUGGAUUUCUCUCAGAGUGUGUCAAAACUAUCCGACAGCUGGCGAAACGCUACGAUUUCCAAGCGCAGUGGUCAACGGGGAGGCUUUGGUGGCGUAGCUGGCCUGGAGAAAAAGCGUCAGUACCGGACGUCCGACAACCCCCGUCAACGGGAGGAUUAUUCCAUGGUAUUUGAGAAGCGUGAUCAGAAACGACGGUCGGUCUCUCGCGAACGACGCAGCAGUCGGAGUCCUCCCAGGGGAGAGUCCUAUCGUGAGCGGAGGCCCAGUCGAAGUCCGCGACGCAAUUCCAAUCGGGAUCGGUACCGUGAUCGAUCAUACAGCCGUAGUCCUCCGCGGGAGAAGAAUCGCAAUCGACCCUACGAGCGCGAGCGACGAGCGCGAGAUGGCCGCAGUGACGAUCGGUACCGGCGACGAUAA